GAGAGAGAGAGGGAGGAGAGGGACGAGAAGUGACUGAGGUUUGAGUGUAAUGGAGCAGAUUACGAAAGGACUUUACUAACAUUUCAGAGUUCAGAUCUGUUUGCUAGAGAUAAAGAGAUCAUUAUUGACUUUUGGGUGCCAUGAUGUCUGUUCCAGCUCUCCUCAUGCUUCUGGUCUGGUUCUUGGGCCAAACAUCUGGAGCCGAUGUGGAUCCAACACUGCCUUUCUCUGAGUAUCUAGACUCAAACACAAAUGUUCUUCUCAGGUGGGGUUUUGAUGUGGUAAGGGACACCAUCACGUUUGAGGUGACGGUGAACACCACAGGCUGGGUCGGCUUUGGGUUCAGUCCCAAUGGAGGAAUGGCUGGAUCGGAUAUCGUCAUCGGAGGAGUCGGCCCUGGUGGGAUAUAUUUUACGGACAGAAACGCGGCCGGGAACUUUAUGCCAGCUCUGGACCAGAAGCAGGACUAUAAAGUCCUCUCUCUGACCGAAGCGAAUGGACAAACCGUGAUGAAGUUCCAGCGAUCCAUCAAGGCCUGUGAUGAAAACGACUUUUCCAUCACUGAAAUGCCAGUGAAGCUGAUCUACGCUUACGGUAACACCGAUGACAUCGGCUAUCACAAAACCCUGCGAGGCACGAAGGAAGUGAACCUUCUGAGCUACAUGCCCCGAACCAGCAUCCCUGACAGCAAAUACUUUGACCUGACCAUGACCAACUUUACGAUACCUGCCCUAACCACUUACUACCACUGCAAGAUUAUGAGCCUUCCAGCAUUUGACACGAAACACCACAUCUACCGUAUAGAACCAGUGAUCCAGAACAAGGACAUUGUGCAUCACUUGUUGCUGUACCGCUGUCCACCAUCAGUGACCAAGCCCUCUGAGGAGCGAUGCUACAGCAGAGAGAAAGAAACAGACUGCUUCACGGUCGUCGCUGUUUGGGGUGUUGGAGGAGGAGCUUUUGAAUUUCCUGAAGUGGCUGGACUUCCUGUGGGUGGAGAUGGAAAUGGGACCCUCUACAGGCUUGAAGUGCACUACAACAACCAGUACAAGACUGCAGGCCUUGUUGAUAACUCAGGCUUGCGUUUUUACUACACGGCUCAGCUGCGGCAGUUCGAUGCUGCUGUACUGCAGACGGGACUCCUGGUGACAAUCGGGUUCGAAUAUGCAAUCCCACCUAAUGCUACAGCCUUCCUCACAUACGGCCUGUGUGACACCAGCUACCUUCCCCAGGUCCUCUCUCAGUCACCAAAGGACUUACAGGUUUUCGCAGUUAUCCUGCACACACACCUGGCAGGAAGGAAGGUGCGAGUCGGCCACUUCAGGGAUGGAGAGCAGAUCGAUUUCUUAGCGCUGAAUGAACACUAUGAUUUUGAAUUCCAGCAGGUGACACACCUGGGAAAAACCAAAACAGUUAAGCUGGGUGACCAGCUCUUGGUGGAAUGCACGUAUAACACAAACAAUCGAACAGAACUCACUUGGGGGGGUCUGGAAACUCAUAAUGAGAUGUGCCUGGCUUUUCUCUACUACUACCCCGCUCUAGACCUCAGCACCUGUAGCAGCCUCCCCCACAAGAAGACGCUCAUGACCGAGAUGGGAGCCGCUAAUGCCACAGACUGGAUGAACAUGAUGAAGACAAAGGUGUGGGAUAACAACUCAGUCCUGGAGUAUCAGCAAACGCUGAAGAGGAUUCAACAGUACAUACUUGUUGGAAGCUUAGAGAACAUCGUGCUCAACACGGGGAAGAUUCCUGAGCUGAAGCUGUCUCCGUCCAGCAGCUGUUUACGAAGCAGAGCUGAGAUCCAGAGCCCUGGUACAGUGAUCCUGCUGCUCGGACUGAUGCUCUCACUGAUCCUCUUGUAGUAUCUUCACCUGCCAAACAACAGUCAGACUUCGGCUGUAGAAAAUAAACUGAUGUAACUGUAAUGAAUGAUUAAAAGUCACUUCAUGUGAUUUUUCAGUCAGAUUGCACUUAGGCUUAAAGUAAAACGAUUCACAGUUGUGCAAUUGAUCAGAGGAUAUUCCCUGGUUUAAAUCAAUGUCGAUUUUUGUUCCGAAUGAUACACGAACCUGCUAGUGAUUUACUCUAGCUUUUAACUCUAACACAGAGUCUAAACUGUGCUGCUGCAACUUUACUGUGUCUAACAUUUCGACUGCCAGUUCAAACAAAAUUUUUUGUUUGAAUUUUUCUGACUUUUUUUUUAGAAAGUAGAUUGUGGUCUAAUUAAAUGAUCUACAUUUUACAUCAUCUGUAUAUUUGUAGAAAUUUGACUGUGAAAAAUUUUGAUUUUGUGUCUGGGAUGUUAGUUUUUUAUUUGUAGUUGCCAAUUGGACAAGCUGCUUCAACAACACAAGAAAGAAAAUAAACCCUGAAAACAAAAGUUUGUGUAUUGAAUCUUAAUGCACUUCACAGGGAUGUGAUACAGUACUGGAAUCUUUUACAGUCUCACCCUGUUAGUUAAAUAACACUGCAACAUCCAGGCCUGUAAAAUAUCAAGAAACUUCCACAGACUUGUGUCUGUUUUCUAAUCAGUAAUAAAUUCAUUAACGACA